AUGGCGACUUUUCGUGAGAAGAAUGGGGUGGAUCAGAAGGGGGAGCCGGUGUUGAGUGAUUUGGAGGGGUUGGAAUCGGAUGGUGAUACUUCUAUUACUGCGCUUGUUGCGGCUGAUCAUGAACAUGAGAUUAAGCUUCGAACUAUGUCGUGGCAAAAAGCCGCAUGGUUGCUUUGUGGAGAUCAAGUUUGUUUGGCAAUCAUGGCUCAGACAUGGUCACUCUCUGUCUUAGGAUGGGUCCCUGGUAUUAUCACCAUGAUCGUUGCAGGUGUACUCUUCUGGAUCACCUCCCUCACAAUGCACAAAUACAUCAUGAAGCACCCUCACAUCAAAGACAUCUGCGACUUCGGCUACCACAUCUUCGGAAAAUCGCGUCUCGCCUACGAAUUCAGCGGCUUCAUGCUCCUCGCCAACAACAUAAUCCUAAUCGGCUUCCACGUUCUCACCGGCGCCAAAAUCCUCAACACACUCUCCGACCACUCCCUCUGCACCGUCGUCUUCUCCGUCAUCGUCACCAUCAUGGGCGUCGUAAUGUCCAUCCCGCGAACCCUCAACCACGUCUCUUUCAUGUCCAUGUUCUCCGCCGCCUGCAUGGGCAUCGCCAUCCUCCUCUUCCUCGUCUUCGCCGGCAUCGAAGACGCGCCUCUCUACGGCUACGGCGGCGACUAUCCCUCCUUGGGCCCCGUGAAAACCUACGCUUUCCCCUUACCCGGCACCGAUUUCGUCGCUUGCAUGAACGCUGUGCUUAAUAUCUCUUUCCUCUGGGUCCCGCAAAUCCUCUUCCCAACUUUCAUCGCCGAGAUGGAGAAACCGCAAGAUUUCCCCAAAUCCCUCGCCGUCUUAACCGGUAUCUCGGUCUUCCUCUUCGUCGUCCCACCAGCCAUCGGAUUCCGCUACUUAGGCCAAUAUUCCACCGCCCCAGCAUUCGGCAGUCUUGGCGUCGUAGCUUACAAAAAAGCAUCUUUCGCAUUCGUCAUCGUGCCAACCCUCGUUAUCGGCGUCAUCUACGCCAAUGUCACAGGAAAAUACAUUUACGGUCGUCUGAUGGGCAAAUCGCGUCAUGCUCACAGCAACACCGUCUUAGGCUGGGGAGUUUGGAUCGCUCUGAUCGCCGGAAUCUGGGCGCUCGGAUUCAUCUUCGCUGAGGUUGUUCCUAGCAUGGGAGAUUUCUUGUCGUUGCUCGGUGCGGCGUUUGAUAGUUUCUUUGGAUUCAUAUACUUUGCCGUUGCGUACUGGCAGAUGUUCAAGGGGGGUUUGUUCAAGGGCGCAUUUAGGUCCGUGAUGACUGUGGUGCAUAUCUUUGUUAUGUUGUGUGGGUUGUUCUUGUUGGGGCCCGGGUUGUAUGCGGCUGUUAAGGCUAUUAUUGCGGAUUACUCGGGGGGGACGAAACCGGCUUUUAGUUGUGCGAAUAUGGCUAUCUAA